AUGGAUCUUGUCUAUGAUGGUAUCUACAGAAUGUAUUUAUUAGGUGAAUUUGAACUCCCAAGAAGUAAUUUAAGUCUAAGUCUUGUUGAAUAUUGCAUUUGUGAAAUGAAGAAUUUAAAGGAUUUAGUUGAAGAAAAUAUCAAAAGGGUUCCCCCUUUCUUACCAUUGCAAACUGGUGAUCAAACUCCAACUAUGUGGACAUCAAUGACAAGAAAGACAUUGGCAACACCUAAAAAAGUUGAAAUGAAAGAGAAUUCGAAAUUACUACACAAGUUUGCAUUUGAGUUCAUGACUUCUGUUCUUGAUCAAAUUAAACAAUACACUAAAGUUGUUGCUGACACUGGUUAUUUUGAAUUUUCAACUGAAGUAGAUGCAAUUUUAUCAUUUGACACUGAAGGGACUAUUGCUAAAGCUAACUGUUUGAUUGGACUUUAUGAGGAAGCUGGUAUUGUUGCAUGUGCUGAGGCAGGCGUAACUUUGGUUUCACCAUUUGUUGGUCGUAUUCUUGAUUGUUAUAAGAAAAAUACAGGACAAGAUUUCUCAGCCAAAGAAAAAUCUGUCACUAAAAUUUAUUAUUAUUGGGAAGGCGAAGAAUUAGCUGGUUGUGAUCUUUUGAUUAUUAGUCCAAAAUUGUUAGAACAAUUACAUUCUGAUACUAAAAAAACCAUUAAACGUAAUCUAAGUCCUGAAAAUGUUAAAACAUCGUAUGAAGAAAAAGUUACCUUUGAUGAAAAAGGUUUCAGAUGGGCACUUAAUGAAGAUGCUAUGGCUACAGAAAAACUUGCUGAAGGUAUUCGAGAUUUUGCAAAAUUAGAGACUCACUUGAGAGAGCUUUUACCUGCUUGA